AGCACGUGUCCUGCUGGACUGCGUCAGUACUGGGUAAACAGAUGACUGGCUGCGCGCCCGGGCGGGGCUAUUUAAGAGGCAGCCGCCCUCCCGCCUGCCCUGAACUUGGCUGGACCGCAGCCUGCUCUGCUGGAAGCCGCCAAGCCAACUGAUUCCCCAGCGAAGCUGGGAAGAUUUCCUCAAGUCAGAAAUAACGGCGCUGGAUUCUAAAAUGCAUCUGGCCAUGAAGAGCGGCGUGUGUCUGUGCGUGCUGAUGGCAGUCCUGGUCGCGGGAGCCCUGACUCAACCAGUGGCCCCGGCAGAAGCCGUGGACUCCGCGGUGCAGCGGGCGGAGGAGGCUCCCCGAAGGCAGCUGAGGGCCGCCGUGCUCAGGACCGACGGCGAGCCCCGAGCGCGCCUGGGCGCACUGAUAGCGCGAUACAUCCAGCAGGCCCGCAAAGCUCCUUCUGGCCGCAUGUCUGUUCUUAAGUCGCUGCAGAACCUGGACCCCAGCCACAGGAUAAGUGACCGGGACUACACGGGCUGGAUGGAUUUUGGCCGGCGCAGUGCUGAGGACUACGAAUACCCGUCCUAGUGGGCCAGCUUCUCAGUCCUGUUCGGAGGAGCUGGAACGAGAAAACAGUCACGCACACAACCCCUUGCCUCUGCUGUUCGACACUUUGAGUAUCUAUUUAUUAAGUUCCCAAUGUGAAAUCUGUUGAGUGUGCAUUACGGCCACACGCCUCAGCCCCAUCGGCGGUUGGAAGGCAGUGUUUCCUCCAGUGACUCCCAGACCUAAUGUUGCUAUGCUAUUAAAGAGUUUUCCUUCUGCCACUC